UGCUCUCUGCUCUCCCGCUGCUACCUUGAGUAUUUCGGAGCCCACGCCUGCUGGCACGGCGGAUCUGAUCAUUUCCAGCCCCGUAGAAAGCUAAGGCUUUAGCUGGAGCAGCCCGGAAGAUAUUAUGGAGGAUGGCGACAGCCCGGCGAAUGAUAAGAGGAUGGCAGGGCUUGUGUUGCGGUAGUAGGUGCACGCGGUAGGGCAUUGCGCGACGGAGCUGGUGAGGGCUCGCCUGUGCGCUGGCAGAGGAGCGCGAUGGAGACGAGGUCGAGAGGAGCGGCGAGCUCCAGUUAGUUGCCGGGUUGUGCUUCGCUAGCCGCUGCCUGCCUUCGAGUUGUUCUUCGCUUCUCAGAUUAGCUGUGGUGUCUGGCUGACUCUAGCGGGUCCAACCUAUUAAAGGGCCUUUUACUCAAAUUAGGGUUUCCGCCGAAUCCUGCGCUGGACGGCAAUGCCGGGGUCUCAGGCGGCAGCGGGGGUGCCUACGUGGAUCGUGGAGGUGACGCGGCAUCGCGACUUGAGUCGCGAGGCGCUGGAGCUGGCGUUGGAGCACAUGGGGGGGCGCACGGCGAGCAUCGUGCUCGUGCAUGUCAUGUCGGAAGUCCCCACCUCGCGCAACAUGACAUUGCCGGCGAGCGAGGUGGAUCCGAAGACGGCGCUGCAGCACGCGAAGAAGCUCGUCGACAUCCUCAUGAAGCCGCUGCUCGCCGUCGCCAAGACCAGCCAGGUGGAGUGCGGCACGGUGGUGGAGCUCAACGACCGCCGCGACAUGGGGCUCUGCCUCGCCGCGCGCCGAGCCAACGCCGAACGCGUCUACGUGGGCGUCAAGAGGAAGCUGCUCGGCUGGUCGUCGUCCGCCAUUCUCGCGGCGUGCCAGACGUCGCUCCCGCGCACGUGCGCGCUCUUCGUCUCGCAGGGCGGGCGCGGCCACAAGCACCAGCAGCUGCAGGGCGCGCAGCGCACGGACCUGUCGGCGCAGCCGUCCGUGUUCCUGCAGUUCCACUCCGCGCCCUCUGCGCAUGACGCCCUCACCGCCCGCCUCGCGCCCCCCGCCCUUCCCCCCGCCUCCCCAUCCUCGCUCAAGCCUCCUGCCCCUGCGCCCCCCCUGCACGUGCGGCGGCCGUCCGACCCGCCGUUGGACCCGUCCGCGUCCCCCUUGGGCAGCAGCGGCGCGCCGUCGUCCGAGUUCUCCCUCUCCUCCUCCUCCUCCGGCCCCCACUCCCGCUCCCUCCCCCUCGCCGCACCUGCCCCUGCGCCCGCGCCCGCCCCUGCUGCAUCGGGCGGAGAGGCGGGGGGAAGGGACCCAUGGGGGCAGGAAGCAGGCGGCGGGGGAGCGGAGCAAAGGCGUGCGGCAGCGGGAGGGGACGGGGGGAGGCCGUCCCGCCUGUCGUUUUCGACGAUGGAAGAGCUGCAGCAGAUGGCGAGACGCGUGUCCGAAGCCGGUGGCGCGCAGCCCCUGCCCGCCUCAGCGCGCCACCUCUCCCCCGGCGUUGCAGGGGGCGCCAGGGACGCGGCAGCAGGGGGCGCGGGGGAGGGAGGUACACCGCUGUGGGGGGCGGGGCGGGGCCCUGGCAUGGGGCUCAGCCUGAGCGCCACCAGCUCGCCCUCCGCCACGCCCGCGCCCGCAGGGGGCGCGGCGAUGGGGGGAGGCGGCGAGGAGGGGCGAUGGGGGCGCGGGCAUGCGGUGCGGAAGCGCAGUGCGGAGCGGGUGGGGCUGCCAGAGGGGAUUCCGGAGGAGGGCGAGGCGGACAGGCGGGAGGGGGGAGGGGCGCAGGGGGAAUGGGACGCAGGGGAAGAGGAAGGGGAAGCGGAAGGGGGCGGGCCCCGGGGGCGGUCGCUGCUGGCGGAUGAGCUGGCGAUGCUGGAGGCGGAGGACGAGGGGGGGACGGGGGAAGGCGCGGGGGAGGGGGGUGAUGGCGCGGCGUGGGUGAGCAAGGGCGUGAGCAGCAACCGGGAGGCGGACGCGGAGGCAGCGGGGGCGGACGACAGCAGAGAGCCGCCCCCUGCGCUGUCCCCGGCGGCCACGAGUCCACUGCCCGGCAGCAGCAGCCUGAGGGGCAGCGCACGCAGCCCAGGGGGGAGCAGCGGGGGGGGCAGCAGGCAUGGGAGCAGGCAGGGCAGCAUGCAGGGGAGCAUAGGGGAGGGCGUGGGCGGGGGUAUGGGGGCAAUGAGCGGGGGAGGGAGUGUGGGUGCGGGCAGCAGCAGCGGCAACAUGGGGCUGCUCGCCCUGGACCCCACCAGCUCCUCCUACGGCCGCCCCAACCCCGCCUCCUCCUCCUCCUCCUCGUCCACGCGUGGCUCGCGCUUCCACCACCUGUCUCAGCCGCCCGCCCUCUCCGCGUACUCGCAGGGCCCUGCCGCCUCGCUCGCCCCCUCCGCCUCAUCCUUCGGCCGCUCCGCCUUCUCCUCCGGCCAGCUCACCCCGGGCUCGGGCGGUGGGGGGGGCGGCGACGGGUACGACUGUCGGCAGUUCACAGCGGCGCAGCUGGCGCGCGCCACGGGCAACUACGCGGAGGAGAACCUGCUGGGCAGGGGGUCGUUCGGGCAGGUGUUCAAGGGCGAGAUGCUGGGCUGCAAGGUGGCCGUCAAGCGCCUUGAGGGGCAGGGCUGGCAGGGGCCCGAUGAGUUCCGGGUGGAGGUGGAGGUGCUGAGCCGCAUGCGCCACCCCAACAUCGUGCUGCUCAUGGGCUGCUGUGUCGAGGAGAUGGCGCUCGUCUACGAGUUCCUCCCGGGCGGCACACUGCAGGACAAGCUCGGCCCGCCCAAGACAGCGGACGCGGUGCGCCUGUCGUGGUCGGACCGGCUGAGAAUAGCGUCGGAGAUGGCGACGGCGCUCAUGUACCUGCACCGCAACGACCCGCCCAUCGUGCACCGCGACCUCAAGCCCGACAACAUCCUGCUGGACGGCAACUUGAGCAGCAAGAUCGGCGACGUGGGGCUGGCACGCCUGCUGGAGGCGGACGGGUCAACCACCAUGAAGGUGCGCGGCACGCUGGGGUACAUCGACCCCGAGGAGGUGGAGACGUGUGAGAUCAGUGUGCUGUCCGACGUGUAUGCCUUGGGGCUCAUCCUGCUGCAGCUGCUCACGGGGCAGAAGAACGUCAAGGCCGUCCACCGCAUGCUGGCCGAGUGCACCAAGGCUGCCAAGAAGGGCAGCGCGGCCGAGCCGGGGCCGGGGGGCGCUCCAGCGGGGGCGGUGGGCGUGGUGGUGAAGUACCUGGAGAGCACAGGGGGCGAGUGGCGCAUGGACCUGGCGGAGGAGGCGGCGGGGCUGGCGGUGCGGUGCGCGGACCGGCGGCGGGAGAAGCGGCCGAGCCUGAAGAAGGAUGUGCAGCCGGCGCUGGUGCGCCUGGCGGCGGCGGCGGAGGAGGAGGUGAAGCAGCGGAAGAAACACUCCGACUCGCAGUUCAUCUGCCCCCUCUCCAAGGAGGUGAUGCGCGACCCCGUGGUGGCGGGGGACGGCUUCACGUACGAGCGCGAGCACAUCGAGCACUGGAUGGCCACCUGCACGCUCUCACCCUCCACGGGGCAGCCCCUGCCGCACACGUGCCUCACCCCCAACAACGUGCUCAAAACGCUCAUCGCCUCCCACAAGCUGCGCUGACCCCUCGCCUCGCCUCCAUGCCCUCUCGCCCACACCUGCCUCACCCCCAAGAACACGCUCAAAACCCUCAUGUUUCUCCGGUGCGCUUAUUCUCUCUCCCCCUCUACCAUUCCUGCUUUAUCUCCUCUCCUGUUCCUUCUUCUUUCAUCUACAUACAUCCAUCUACCUGCCACCCUCCCUCACCGCCGCCCCCACGCACUCCCCUUGCGCUCUCCCUCUACGUACUGUCUUCCUGUCCUGCCAUCCGACCACUAUCAUCAGCCCUUUUUCCCAGCUGCUAGGUGUUAUCAUCCCUUGCAGCCAGCGAUGCUGCUUCAAUCCCUCAGUUUCGGGCAUCCUUGCUGCACCGUAUGCUGUUGGCUUUGGCUUGGCUUACUGUGCCGUUUAUCAGCAGUCUCGGGUGGUACACUGCACUGUCCUGCCAUGCCAUGCCAUUUUUUUCGCAAUGAAAUCCUUGCGGGGUCAGAGGGCAGUCAAGUGCAGAUGCGGUAGCAGCUGCUGACCAUGCAUCCAUUUUCUGGAUAGCUCCAGUCAUUCUUGGGUCCCAUGUCAUAGAAAAAAUGUAUCGUGGAGGUUCCACACAAGUACGUGAACAAUGCAACCAACAUUGGCAUUUGCUGUGUGCUCCGUACAGCUCGUGAACUUAAAGCCCGACCAGCAGGUUGCAACCAGGGCUGACGUUUCAAAAAAAAGCUUCCUGAGCUGUCGAAUGGGAAAAUAAAAUUACCCUGAGGGC